CGCGGCGUGGAAGUUGCGGUGCUCGGCCAGAAUAACCAACCAUGACUACAGAAUCAGGAUCGGACUCCGAGUCCAAGGAUAAAGAGCAGGAUCAGCAGGAGAGCCCCGCACAGCAAGGGGCGGUGGAGACCCAGCCGCAGGACCAGCAGCAGCUGAGUGAAGAGCAUCAAAACGCGCUUGAGCAGUUCUCGGCUGUGGCAGCCCACAGCACGCCGGUGAAAAAGGAGCAGGCCACAGACAAAGAACAGGAGUUUGCUGCUGCAAGUGCAAAACAGCUGGAAUACCAGCAGCUAGAGGACGACAAGCUCUCUCAAAAAUCAUCGUCUAGCAAACUUUCGAAGUCUCCUCUAAAGAUCGUCAAGAAACCGAAAAGUAUGCAGUGCAAAGUGACACUCCUGGAUGGAUCAGAAUAUGCAUGUGAAGUAGAGAAACGUUCCAGAGGUCAAGUGCUAUUUGACAAAGUGUGCGAGCAUCUGAAUCUUUUGGAAAAAGACUACUUUGGGCUAACAUACAGAGACACAGAAAACCAAAAGAACUGGUUGGACCCUGCCAAGGAAAUCAAGAAGCAGAUCCGAAGUGGUGCUUGGCAGUUUGCAUUUAAUGUGAAAUUCUACCCUCCAGACCCUGCCCAGCUAUCUGAAGAUAUUACCAGGUACUACCUCUGCUUGCAGCUGAGAGAUGACAUCGUGUCGGGUCGUCUGCCCUGCUCGUUCGUCACCCUAGCCCUGCUGGGCUCUUACACCGUGCAGUCGGAGCUCGGCGACUACGACCCCGACGAGUAUGGCAGCGACUACGUCAGCGAAUUUCGCUUCGCGCCGAAUCACACUAAAGAGCUGGAGGAUAAAGUGAUCGAGCUGCACAAGAGCCACAGGGGAAUGACACCUGCGGAGGCUGAGAUGCAUUUCCUGGAGAAUGCCAAAAAACUAUCAAUGUAUGGAGUAGAUCUCCAUCAUGCCAAGGAUUCUGAAGGAGUGGAAAUCAUGUUAGGAGUUUGUGCAAGUGGUCUCUUAAUAUAUCGAGACAGACUCAGAAUAAAUAGAUUUGCCUGGCCAAAGGUUCUGAAAAUUUCCUACAAGAGGAACAACUUCUACAUCAAAAUCCGACCAGGGGAGUUUGAGCAGUUUGAAAGCACUAUUGGGUUUAAGUUGCCAAAUCAUCGUGCUGCAAAGCGCUUAUGGAAAGUCUGUGUUGAGCACCAUACAUUUUUCAGGCUCCUGCUGCCAGAAGCACCUCCAAAGAAGUUCCUCACGCUGGGCUCCAAGUUUCGCUACAGCGGCCGGACACAGGCCCAGACAAGAAGAGCCAGCGCCCUCAUAGAUCGUCCCGCACCUUACUUUGAGCGGUCUUCUAGUAAACGUUACACUAUGUCUCGCAGCUUAGAUGGGGAGGUUGGUACUGGCCAGUACGCCACAACAAAGGGCAUCUCUCAGACCAACUUGAUAACCACUGUGACUCCAGAGAAAAAGGCAGAAGAAGAGAAAGAUGAUGAAGAGGGCAAAAAGAAAAGAGCAGAGGAAGUCACCCCGGUCUCGGCAAUACGCCAUGACACCAAGCCAUCUUUGCUUGGCACUGACUCCCGCCACCCCUCACCAUCCUCGCAGCCUGGCCCCCAUGCAUCUUCAGCAAAGCUUCGCAGGAGAUGCAAGGAGAGCGCUCGAACAAAGUCGUUAGGUUGUGAGGGGCCCAACGAGAGCCCUCCAAAGCACGGCGAGUUGGAGCCAGACUCUGACAGAAAGGGGCGAGUUUGCUCCGCCGAGCAAGACGUGGCUUUCGGCUAUAAGCAAAAAGCCGGCAAAGGCGGAACGCUGUUUUCCUUCUCCUUGCAACUUCCAGAGUCAUUUCCUUCCCUCCUGGAUGACGACGGCUACCUGUCGCUCCCUAACCUCUCCGAAACCAACCUCCUGCCUGCCAGUGUGCAGCACUACCUUCCCAUCCGCUCCCCCUCCCUGGUGCCUUGCUUCCUCUUCAUUUUUUUCUUUCUGCUCUCUGCCUCUUUCUCAGUGCCAUACGCCCUCACUCUCUCCUUUCCUCUGGCUAUGUGCCUCUGCUACCUGGAGCCCAAGGCGGCCUCCUUGAGUGCCUCACUUGCCAAUGACCUGAGUGACAGUUCAGAGGAAGAGACUGACAGUGAGCAGACGGAUACCGCAGCUGAUGGUGAGACCACUGCCACCGAGUCGGAUCAAGAGGAGGACGGAGAUCUAAAGGCACAGGACCUAGACAAAACCCAGGAAGAUCUGAUGAAACAUCAGACCAAUAUAAGCGAGCUGAAACGCACCUUCUUGGAAACCUCCACAGAAACGGCUGUGUCUAAUGAGUGGGAGAAGAGGCUUUCCACAUCUCCCGUUCGGCUUGCAGCAAGGCAGGAGGAAGCUCCUAUGAUUGAACCACUAGUGCCUGAAGAGACUAAACAGUCCACCGGUGAAAAAACCUUGGAUGGUUCAGAUAUCUUCAGUUUAAUAGAGUCCGCCAGAAAACCGACUGAGUUCAUAGGAGGGGUUACUUCCACUUCACAUAGCUGGGCUCAGAGAAUAGACACGACAUCUCAGGAGGUGACUUCCAGUGAAAAAGAGGGCUCUGCUGGGACUGAGGGGGCGAAGGAGGAAAAAAGGGAGGAGGCCGGGAAAGCGCUAAGCAAACAGGAAGGAGUCGCUGCUGCUACUUCGUGUGAGCAAGCGGAGGAGCACAGUACAACAGUCCACCUCUCAGAGUCUUCGGAAAGAAAACCUCAUUUUGAGUCACCGGUUGUGAAGACUGAGACUAUCAGUUUCAGCAGUGUUUCUGCUGGUGGGGAAAACCUUGAAAUUUCAACAAAGGAAGUGCCAGUAGUCCAUACAGAAACAAAAACCAUUACAUAUGAGUCUUCUCAGGUGGAUUGCGGUGCUGACUCAGAACCAGGUGUAUUGAUGAGUGCACAAACUAUCACAUCUGAAACAACCAGCACUACAACCACUACACAUAUCACCAAAACUGUGAAAGGAGGCAUCUCAGAGACAAGAAUUGAAAAACGAAUAGUCAUCACAGGAGAUGCAGAUAUUGAUCAUGAUCAGGCGCUGGCUCAGGCAAUUAAAGAAGCCAAAGAGCAGCACCCUGACAUGUCAGUGACCAAAGUAGUGGUACAUAAAGAGACAGAAAUCACACCAGAAGAUGGGGAGGAUUGACCACAGGAAUAACCUAGAUUGCAUAUGAAUCCAGACAUGCACACCAGUAGGAAUACGAGAGCCUAUACGGAGUCUCAGUUCCAACCUGACUGACUUGUAUCUGUCUAUGGAAAAUUUCAGUACAGAAGAAUUGAUCUUGACCGUUAAUAAAGAAACUGGCAGAGAUACCUUCCCAUAGAAAGCAAUCUGAAUCAGCAGCAGUUAAACAAUAUUGCAUGAAGCAACGAUAAAGUUACAGAAAAGCAGCAUUUUUAAUUUUCUUAAAAUGUCUAAGUUUUCAGCUAUACCUGCACGUUCAUAAACAAUAUAAACAGUGAUCUCAUGUAACACAUAAACAGUUCAUGCCUUUCACAGUUUAUGAAAGUCUAAACAAAUUAAAAUUUGUUAGGUGGCAAGCCUUUUGUUUACGGAUAUUGUAAAUGAAGAUUACCCCCAAAAUGCUAGAAGCUGUAUAGGUACUGUGUAUAAUGUUUUACCACACAUUAGAUGUGCCAAUAACACAGUUUAUUCAGUAAACAACUUGAAUCUUAUAUUUGUUUCAUCUGGUUUUAUUACUGCCCGAUAAACGAUGACAAAUCUUUACUUUUAUCAAAAUAUUUAAAUGCUUACAAAGUGUGCUUUGUAUACCUGACUGAAUACCUUAUGAGGUAGUAAUGAUUUUAGUAUAUUAACUUCAAUGAUUUUUGUCAGCAUUGUUCAGAGUCAGCUUCCAGCCACUCUUCACAGAUCCUAACCUUGUAAAUUAUAUGUAGUUAUUUUGGAGAAAAAAAAUCUGUAUUUUACUUAGUUCGCAGCAUUAGAAAAUUAUUAAUCUGAAAUAACCGUGAUGGUUUUCUAUUGAUUUCCCUUUUGUUCUCAGAGGAAAAAAA